GAAGUAACCUGAGCAAAGAAAACAAAACCAUGUGAAAAACGCGAAAUGAUUUGGUUUUAUUUCGAAUUAAUGCUUUAACAAUGCCCAAAAAAAAUAAAUUGUUUGAUGACGACUCCGAAGAGGAAGUCUCAAUCAAAACAGAGAACGAGUACGCUAAGAAAUAUGAUAAUUGGCGCGAGAAAGAAGAACUGCAUAAAUUGGAGCAAAAAUACGGGUCUGCGCUUGAAUCAGGGGAGAUUGGCAGCUCCGAUAGUGAGGAUGAGAGUGAUGAGCCUCUGGAGGUGUCAGAGGAAGUCGAGACUCAGUUCCUCAAGACAUUGUCUCUGCUGAAGACCAAGGAUCCCAGGAUCUACGACCCAAACUUUAAAUUCUUUGAUGAAAAAGUUGAGAAGGAUAAAGAAAAGAAAUCAGAACCUAAGAAGUUGACAUUUGCUGAUAGUGACGAUGAUAGUGAUGAUGAUCCCAACAUCUUCAGCAUUGAGAAAAAAGCCGAGAUUUCUGAUGAUGAUGAAAAACAGGGCAAAAAGGAGGAUAAGGAUGGCAAGCUGAAAGACUACUUGAUAGGUAAAGCAGAGCAUGUGGAUGAGGAGGUGGAGAAGGACCUCGCGCCGCUCCGUCAGCUCUGGUCCGACCCCAAGCUGAAUGAUGGUGAAGCAUUCCUGAGAGAUUAUAUUUUGAACAAAAGAUACUUAGAGGAUGGUGAGGCUGGUGCCGAGGACAAGCUGCGAGACGACGAGGCGCUGGAGGAGGACGAGCGGCGCGUGGAGGAGCAGGGGCAGUUCGAGCGGGCGUACAACUUCCGCUUCGAGGAACCUGACGAGGAAUAUUUGAAACGUUUCCCCCGCACCAUGAACUACAUCCGGCCUAAGGACGACAAGCGGUCCCGGAAACGAGCCGAGCUGCGCGCGCGCAAGGAGGAGGAAAAGCGGCGCAAGAUGGAGGAGAUCGCCAGACUGAAGGCGCUCAAACUGAAGGAGAUCAGAGAGAAGAUUGAGAAGAUCAAGGAGGUCACUGGCAACCAGGACUUGGCGUUUAAGGAGGAGGACAUAGAGAGCGACUUCGACCCGGCGGAGCACGACCGGCGCAUGCGCGAGAUGUUCGACGACACCUACUACGGCGAGCAGGAGGACCACAAACCACAGUUCCCCGAGUUAGAUGACGAGCUCGAGAUCGAAAACUGGGAGAAAUACAAUGAAGAGAACUUCACCGAGUCAGCGGACGCUGGAGGCGAACUGCACUGUGAAGAUGAAGAUUUUAAUAUGGACGCCGACUACGAUCCGAAGCGAGCGAAACAGAAUCUUCUAGAAGAACUGAAAUCUAUGGGCAAGAAGCGUAGAAACCGGAAAAAGAAGUCCAAGCUCGCGGAACUUUUAAGUACGGAGAAGCCUAAGUUCGUGCCAGACGCGGACAAGACUUACGACGAGUUCAUGGAGGAGUACUAUAAGAUGGACUGUGAGGAUGUGAUCGGGGGAGACCUGCCUACGCGGUUCAAGUAUAGACAAGUCGUGCCCAAUGACUAUGGACUUACUAUUGAAGAGAUCCUUCUAGCGGAUGACAAGGAGUUGACCCAGUGGGUACCUCUCAAGAAGAUAGUCAAGUACCGGCCGGACAACGUGGAGAAGGGGGAAGUGAAGACGUACGCGCAGAAGGCGGCAGACAAGAAACUCAAGAAGAAGAUACUGCCCAGCCUGUUCAAGCAUGUGCCCGAGGAACCUGAAAUAGUUGUUCCCGUGGAACAGACAAACAAGAAAAAGAAGAAGAAGAAAAAUAAGGAACUAAACCAAUCUGAAACCGCCGUUGAUGACGUCACGGAGCCGACAAGUAAUGGUGAUAUAGAAGAAAAUAAAGAAGAAUUGUUAAUAUCUGGUGACGAUGAGACUGUAAUAGCCGAUAACGAAGUAAAAAAUAGUGAAAAGGUUAAGAAGAAAAAGAAAAAGUCAAGAAAAAGUGAUAAUGAAGAAAAAACAGAGGAGAUACCAACUACAAAUGGUGACAAUGAAGUAGCCAAUAAUCCAGUAGUAGCAAAUAGCGAAAUAGUCAAGAAGAGAAAGAAAAAAAAGAAGAAGAAGGGCGAAUUCGUUGUAGAAAAUGCUUCUGAUGCCGCGCCAAGUCAAUGUAAUACUAAACAGAACGUAGAUACAAACAGCAAAGAUAAUUUGAAACGAAAGUUGGACACAGAAGAAACGGUUUCUACAAAAAAGAGGAAAAAGAAUAAACAAAAUAUGAACAAUAAACAGGACAAAAACAAAUUCAAACAGAAGAAACAUGGUGGUAAAGGAAGUGGUGAUCCAAUGAGCAACUUGUCUGACGAAAGAUUAAAGGCGUAUGGCCUGAACCCUAAGAAAUACAGAAGCUUCUUGAAAUAUAAGAAGUUCUAAUACGGCGCAAAUCGUUUGUUCUAUACAUGAUGUAGUAUGUGAAGAAGAUACUGUUGUAUAUAACAUUUGUUAUUUAAUAAUAAACAUUAUAUUAUUUUAAAA